AUGAAGCUUUUGUCUGAUGACCGACCACAAGAAGCAUUCGAACAUAUAAUGAGUUGCAUGCAAGAUCCUAAGAAGGAGAUUCUCAAGAAGAUCUACAUCAAUCCAAGUAAAAUCGAGCGCGACGGCAAUGAAUUGGGAAAAGGAGCCUUCGGUACCACUCAUGCGGGUAGAUUAAAAAACGACACGGGAGUUACUAUUCAUAAAAUUGCUAUAAAGACGAUGAAAAGUGCGGUUAGCAAUGGAGUCAAGGGUCCUGGAUAUUCAGACAAGUCGACAUCCCUGGGAAGCAAUAAAUAUGCCAGUGGCGAUUCAGGAAUAGAAAGUUGCGAGUAUUUCGACGCAGAACAUGCAAAAGCGAUCUUUGACGAGGCAAUUCAAAUGAACAAUUUCGAACAUAACAAUGUCAUGAAACUCAUCGGAGUUUCUUUCAACGACUUCGCUGAGCCAGAAAUGAUUCUCCCUUUGAUGGACUGUGGGGAUCUUAGAAACUAUGUUAAAAAUGACGAAAACGUGCUUCUCAUUAGUGACUGUCUCAAAUUUUGUCAACAAGCUGCUGAAGGAAUGAAUUAUCUCGUCCACCAAGGAGUCAUUCAUCGAGAUCUCGCCGCUAGAAACUGUCUCUUAGAAAGCAUGGACAAUAACAGGAUCAACUUGAGAAUUGCAGAUUUUGGUCUUUCGAAAACAUUCGAAAAACUGUAUCAGGAAGAAUACGUUUCUCGAAGCCAAACAAAGCUCCCUUUGAAAUGGCUGGCCAUAGAAGUUCUUCAGCGGCGUAUGUUCUCAGAAAAGUCUGAUGUGUGGGCAUUUGGCAUUCUUACUUGGGAAAUAUUCACGAGAGGAGCAGUUCCGUACGGACCUCUAGGCGACUGGGCUGGCGGCUUCUUAUUCGGCUAUGAUACUGGAGUCAUCAGUAGUGCCCUUCUUCUGAUAGAGAAAGACUACCACUUUACGACAAUUCAAAAAGAACUUAUAGUCACCAUCACGCUAGCAUGCGCGGGUGUAUUUUCCCUGCUCGCUGGGCCGAUCAAUAAAAUUUUCGGAAGACGAAAAGCUAUCAUUGGCUCUGCAAUUCUCUUUGGAGUCGGUUCUCUAAUUCUUCUCGCAGCUAAAGGAUUAAGUGAGCUGUUGAUUGGAAGAGGCGUCGUUGGAAUCGGCCUUGGAAUUUCUUCAAUGGCUGUUCCCGUGUAUCUGUCAGAAUGUGCCCCACCAAGUGUCCGAGGAAAGUUGAAUACGGCGAAUCAAAUCAGCAUUACAUUUGGAGAAUGGGUUGCUGCUCUGCUUGGAGGAAUGGUGGCAAAGAUCUCGUUUGGUUGGAGAAUAUUGCUUGGUGCUGCUGUUCUGCCUGCUUGCAUUCAACUUUUCGGAUUCCUCUGCUCUCUGCCUGAGAGCCCAAGGUAUCUGCUCGAACAGGGGAGACGUGAUGAAGCAGCUAAAGUUUUGAAAAUGAUUCGGAGAGCAGAAUGCACUCAGGAGCUGAACGAAAUGGCGGCUGCGAUAGAUUCGGAACGAAGAGACAAGAAUCAGUCGGUUUUCAUCGGAGUCGGAAGAAAAGCAUUGAUUCUAGCGUGUGGGCUUCAGCUGGUCGCACAACUGAGCGGAGUGAAUACAAUUAUGUACUACGCGGGAUCGAUUGUUUUCAGCUCUGGAAUUGUGCAAGAAAGGUCUUCAGCCAUUUGGAUCGUUCUUGGCAUAAUUUCUGUUCAUUUCGCGACUUCUUUCAUUGGCUUCAUUACUAUCGACAGAUAUGGAAGGCGACCACUCAUUCUGAUAUCACUUGGAUUCACUAUCCUGGCUCUUUGGAUUCUCUCUCUCGGAACGCAUCUGAAUAACAGAUUCGAAUCGCCAGUUGACUUCAACAGCUCAACAUGCCAAAACCUCGAAAAUGCAGAAACCUUCCUCGAGCCAACAACAUGUAGUGAUUGCUCAAAACUGUACGGCAAUACUUGUGGAUUUUGCGAAACAGAGGACUCAGGAUAUUGCACGACAAAUUGCACAACAGGCGAGCUUUGGAUCGACUACUGCCCUGCUAAUAAAGCGUCAAUUCUGCCAGUAAUUGGAAUGCUUCUUUAUUUAAUAAGCUUCAGCCCUGGUCUUGGCCCGGUUCCUUGGGCAGUCGGAUCCGAGAUUUUCCCCAAUCAAUCCGAGAUACCGGAAUGGGACUCGCUGUAUUUGCCCAUUGGGCUGGCAACACAAUUAUUUCCGUUUCAUUUCUAA